GUUGUUUUUUUUUUUUCUCAGUUCCUCGUCGUCGUCGUCGUCGUCCACUCAAUCACAACGUUUCCAGCCCCAAACCCCAUUAUUGCCUUUCUGGCUUUGCAUUCAUGAUGAACACCACGUACGCGAUGCCGAUGGACACGAGCGGCGACCACAGUGCCAGCGGCCAGAGCAAUGGCUUGGAAGGGACGACCGCGCCCGGCGGCUUCAACGCCCACUCCCACUCUGCUGUCGCUGGAUCUGCGUCUGGAUCUGGGUUUGGAUCUGGGUUUGGAUCUGGCACGGGCGGUGGCUCUGGCGCAGUGGCACCGCCGCCGACCGAGAAGGAGCAGCAGCAUGAGAUCCUGCGCUCAAUGUCCACGCCAGACGCCAUCAUGGAGUCCACUCUGCUCCCAAACAUCAAGCAGUACAUGCGAUUGCGAGGACCGCCCGCUGCUGUCGUCCGAGAAUUGUCCGAGAACUACCAAGGAUUUGCGCAAAUGUGCAACUUGCUCAUGGACUGGCUCAAGCUUACAGACAUGCCGGAAGCUGAAAUCCAGACCCUGCUCGAAUCGCAGCUGAAACAGUUCGCAUUAAGCCGUUUCGAUAGAGAAUUGGUCGAUACCAAGUUCACCGCUAGUUCGACUGCGCCUGUGUGGCUCGAUAUGAUGAUUUCGCAUUCGUCCUGGCGCUCGCUCAUCUACCAACUGUCUGAAGCACAUUCUGAAUCAGUGCUGUUGAACUAUGCCAUUAAGAAAAUCUCGGAUGCUGGUCAUCAAGAAGAAAUGGCCAGCGUAGCCACGGCUUCGACAGAUGCUCUCGUAUUUAGUCGAGUGCUUGUCUUUUCCGUCUUUAAUUUUGUUCGCCAGGAUGAAGAUGCCAUUAAAGAGGCUCUGCCAGACUUUGUGAAAACAGUCUGCCAUGGCGAGCACACUUACCUCUACGCCCAAGCCCUGUUCCAUGCGCUCAAUCUUCGGCGCCUCUUUCAAGAGGUGCAGUUGUACGCAGUUGACACCAAAAACGACAGCAUUGCCCGUCACGUUGGGCUGGUGCUGAAUGGCUCGCCCGCCUUUCCGCAAGUUACGUCUGCCGUCGCCUCCAUGUUGAACGCAAAGAGCUGCACUCCUGGCGACAUCAAUACGCUGACAAAGUGCUACUGUCCGGCGGCGCCAGGCAUGCCUUUACCCACCGCUGGCUCUCUCGCGGCCCCUACGAUGGCUGCCGGCAAUCCUCCCGUCGAUCCUACCCUGAUUCCACCAAUCGAGCUGUUGCGGGAUCCCGAUCUCUUCUCAAUCCUGAUCAGCGCUCUGUUUGAUCCGCGAAAACCCGUCAAUCCUCAGCACCGUGGCAAAUAUUUGGCUAUUUUGGCCUUUGCGGCCUCGGUGUACGACAUCCCAACCGACUCGGCUGACGCCACCAACGGUGGCUUGCCGAUGGACCUUGAAACCGCUGUUCGAACAACCAGCUCGAUUACUGGCAAGUCUGUGCGGCGUGUGCUCGACUUUUAUGACGUGACGUACGCCGCACUGGACGCUGCCCACACAAUUUGCCACAAGCAUUCCUCCAGCAGUGACUUGCAAGCCGACAUGCGCGCGCUGUGUCCCCAUCUCACAUUCCCUGUUGUCGCCGCGUGUGUCUUGUACUGGAUUGAGGUUGCGCUCAUCAGCACCCAUUUGCUAAGUAACUCUUUUACCACGUCGACGCCGCCAUGGCACCUGGCCGUGCUGGACGAGAUUGCUUUCCAACACUCGCUGCAUCGUCCAAAGGUAUUUGCGUUACUGCAACAACUUUUUGCGGCCGAGUUUGAUCUCGAUGCCCUUGUCGAGCUCAGUCUGAAAAAGGCCAUCUUUGAUCGAUGCAUCUUUUUGUUGAGCUUGGACUAUGUCAUUCCAAUUGUCAAGUUUGCUCGCGAGUGUCUGGUCUCGGACCGUGUUGAUUUGUCUCUGAUUCGACACUUUUCCAGCGAGGUUGUCGAGAUCGUUGAUGCGCCGUACUCGAAGCAGUUCUUGGACGAGUUCUUGCCAAUUGUUGUGGAUCAGCGAGUUGUCGAUGGCUUCAAGAAAGGAGAUCAGACUGCGCCCUUUUCGCAGUUUUUCGACUCUGUUGUCCAUUCUGAACAGUUUUCUCACCUCUCAGAAGCUCUGCAAACAAGCGUGAAGGAGCGGCUAGAGGCCUGGCGUGUUUGAAUCACCUUCCCCCUGAAUUCUUGUGAUGUUAAUCGAUAAUGGCAGAAAUCUUUUGAUAACACGAACAAACAAAC